AUGUCGUAUCAACCAAGUUCAGCGUUAAUAACAGGUGGUUGUGGAUUUAUUGGCUCCAAUUUCAUCAAUUCUAUGUUUCAAAAAUGGCACACAACAAGAUUUGUUAACAUCGAUAAAUUAACACAUGAAAUUCGGGAAACAAAUGUUGCUGCAAAAAUUCGACAAUCAAAUCGCUACAAAUUUUUUAAGGGAACUAUUCGUGAUAUUGAUUUGCUGCUCUGCUUACUCCGAGACUAUCAGAUUGAUACAAUCAUACAUUUUGCUGCAUUGACGGAUGUCGAUAAAUCAUACGUCGAUCGAAUUGAUACAAUCGAAGAGAAUAUAAUGUCAACGACAAUAUUACUGGAAGCAAUUGCAUUUCAAUAUAAUGGCAUAAAACGAUUUGUACAUAUCAGUACUGAUGAAGUAUACGGUGAAUCAGAAGAGGGAAGUUUAUUAAAAAUGGAAUAUUCAUUGCUUAAUCCAACAAAUCCAUAUGCAGCUAGUAAAGCUUGUUGUGAAAUGAUUCUAAAUUCUUAUUGGCAUUCUUACAAAAUACCAUUUGUAUUAGUUCGAAUGAAUAAUAUUUAUGGACCAAAUCAAACUCGAACAAAAUUAAUUCCAAAAUUUAUUUCAUUGGCAGUGGAAGGGAAAUCAUAUCCAUUAAUGGGUAAUGGAAUGCAUACAAGGAAUUGGAUCUAUGUGGAUGAUUGUAUCGAUGCAAUCAGACGUGUAUGUGAAAUAGGCAGAAUUGGUGAAAUUUAUAACAUUGGAACGGAAUUUGAAAUUACUAAUUAUGAUGUAACUAUUCUGAUUCAUCAAACUGUCAACAAAUUAUUGAAACGGAAAACAAAUGCACCGCAAUUUGAGCCUGUAAUAGAUCGACCAUAUCAUGAUCAACGUUAUUGUAUCGAUUCUACGAAAAUUUCUCGAGAAUUAAAUUGGAGAAGCACUACAUCAUUUAAGGAUGGUUUGCAGAAAACUAUAAAGUACUAUCUUACCAAAUAUUACAAUAAAGAAUGCUGA